CUAAAAUUAUUUGACGAGGAAUCCUAUAAUUUGUUGUUGUUGUUGUUUUUUAAUAUAUAUAUUUUACCCAUUUAAAAGAUCCACUGAUGUUGUUUUCGUACUGUUACCAAAUCAACGGCCACACAGGUAUCUCAAUAUUAGAAACUGUUGAAGAGAGAGAAAAUCGACGGCCGAACAGAUGGAUGAAGCCAUUCUCACCUGACCAUGUUGAAGCUUUUCCCGCCAAAAAAGGCAUUAUUCAUCUCCAUGAAGCAGAAGCUUCCAAUUAUCCCAACAAGAACAAACUCUUCAUCAUCACCACCACCACCUCCUACUCCUCCUCCUCCAUUUUCAGCUCCAUUUCCAUAUAAUCUCACGAACACCAUACUGGACUGUAAAAGUGCAAGCCAAGCUCUCAAAAUUUUUAAUCAGGCUUCGAAUCAAAUCGACGCCACAAAGAAUCUUCGGCCCUAUUCGGCGAUCAUCCAUGUCUUAACCAGGGACAAAUUGUACAUCAAAGCCAGGUGUUUGAUGAAAGACCUCAUCCAAAAUCUCCAAAAGACUCGCAAACCACACCGUGCUUGUUCCUCGGUGUUCAAUGCGCUGAGUCGCUUAGAAAGCUCUGAAGUCACUCCCAGUGUGUUUGGAGUGUUGAUUAGUGCACUAUCUGAAAUGGGUAUUGUUGAGGAAGCCUAUUGGGUGUAUCACAAGAUGGUGGAAUUGCCUGCAAUGCAGGUUUGCAAUGCAUUGUUAGAUGGGUUUGUUAAGAUGAGGAGGUAUGAUUCGAUGUGGGAACUUUAUGAGAAUAUGGUUUCACGCGGGGUGUCUCCCAAUGUCAUCACCUAUGGCAUAUUAAUUGAUGCCUCUUGUGAUCAAGGCAAUAUUCUGAAAGCCCACAAUUUGUUUGAUGAAAUGACUGAGAAGAGGAUUGAGCCGACGGUUGUGAUUUACACUACUCUCAUAGGCGGUCUGUGUAGUGAGAGUAAAAUGUCAGAAGCAGAAAGCAUGUUUAGGAUAAUGCGGUUAGGUGGUGUACUUCCCAAUUUGUACACUUACAAUACUCUAAUGGAUGGGUACUGCAAAGUGGCAAAUAUACAACGAGCUCUUGACUUGUAUCAAGAAAUGUUAGGGGAGGGUUUGCUGCCAAAUGUUGUUACAUUUGGUAUCUUAAUUGAUGCACAAUGCAAAGUGGGCGAACCGAUUGCAGCAAGAAAUUAUUUUGUGCAUAUGACUAAGUUUGGCGUCGUCCCUAAUUUAUUUGUGUAUAACUGUUUGAUUGAUGGCUAUUGUAAGGAAGGCAACAUGUCUGUUGCAUUGGAUAUGCAUUCUGAGAUGGAAAAGUUUGGUAUUUUGUCCGAUGUCUUUACUUACAGUAUACUUGUAAAGGGUCUCUGUGGUAUUGGUGAAGUGGAUGAAGCAGAUGGUUUAAUGCAAAAAAUGAAUAAGGAGGGAGUCCUUGCGAAUUCUGUUACGUACAAUACGCUAAUCAAUGGGUACUGUAAAGAAGGCAGCAUGGACAAGGCUUUGGAAGUGUGUACACAAAUGACAGAGAAGGGUAUGGAGCCCAAUGUCAUCACCUUCUCUACCCUGAUAGAUGGUUACUGCAAGGUGCGGAACAUGACUGCAGCCAUGGGAUUAUAUACAGAAAUGUCAAUCAAAUGCCUUGUGCCUGAUGUUGUUGCUUAUACAUCUUUGAUUGAUGGACAUUUUAAAGAUGGUAAUACAAAAGCAGCUCUUCAGCUGCAUAAGGAGAUGUUAGAGGCAGGGUUCACCCCUAACGUUUUCACUCUUAGUUGCUUGAUUGACGGACUUUGCAAGAAUGGAAGGAUGAGUGAUGCAAUCAAAAUUUUCUUGGAUAAUACUAAAGAUUGCGCUAUUGAUAGAGAAACGUAUCAGAUGGAUAGUAGCUAUUGUUCCCCAAAUUAUGUUAUGUACACAGCUUUGAUCCAUGGUCUGUGUAAGGAUGGGCGGAUUUUCAAAGCGACUAAGAUAUUCUCAGACAUGCGAAGCUCCGGUUUGAAACCAGAUUUGCUCGCUUACAACAUUAUUAUACUGGGUUAUUUUCGAACCAAACAGAUGUUUGAGGUGAUGAUGUUGCACGCCGAUAUGCUAAAGAUGGGUAUCAUGCCAAAUGCAGCGAUAUACCAGGUCAUGGCAAAGGGUUAUCGAGACAUCGGGGAUCUCAAAUUAUCUCAAAGGUGUUCGGAGGAUUUACUGAAAUUAGGUCUCAAGUUUCAAGGAGUACGUAACAAUAACUUUUUUCUUGGCGAUGUAAGCGACAGUCUAGUGGUGACAAGGACAAGAAAUCAAGCUGUGAAUGGUGAUUUAUUUGGAGAAGAUUUAUAACCUUUGCAGGGGGCAUGGGACAUUACUUUUCCUUAAGUUUGAGGAAUUGACAAGUUGUGUUCAACAUAUACUGUUGAUCAUCAUCAGUAUGCUCCUUGUGAAGUAUGAAGACAAUGACAUUUAUGGACUUUCCUUUGGACAGGUUUGAACCUAUGGGAUCAUGUAAUUUAUUGUUUGGACAAGGAGCUAGAUUCCAAUGGCAGGAGGGUAAAUUGAAGAGCUUGCUGUGAGCGUUUAUCAGAAGCCAGUUGAUUUGGCUUUAAUGAAGGACCAGUGAUAUCAAUAAUUGUUUGACUUGACUCAUCAGAUUCUUUGUGGUGGGAUGAUAUGGAGUCAAAACCAUUUUUUACUUCUAUUCCUUUCAUAAUUUGGUAUGAACACCAAUCAGUGUAAGAUAUUUGCCAAAGAUAAAGAAGAGAGUGAGGUGUAAAACCCAAAUUUUUUUUUUUAAUGCUGGCAAGCUAGGGGAGGGUACUCAAACACAGGCACACUUGUCCGGACAUUAGAGAAGUGUAAAACUACCAUUUACCAUUAUGUACUGCAGAUAAGGUGAAGUAAAUUUAGAAUUCAAAAUUUUCAUAUUAA